AUGAGGGCACCGCCCUCAUUCUUUGGUUAUCAAAUUUUUGCCGCCCUUGGAUCUUUGAGCUCUGCUUGCAACUCGGAGGACAUGAUGACCUUGCUACUGCACUACUGGCUUGUGUCGUCGGGGGAUCUCUUUUUAGAUCUCAUUUUCUCUUUGCUCGUACUUGUGGUCGACUUUUAUUCCAAUUACAAUGAUGACAACAAUUGGGGGUGGUUGAAUUUUUCUGUUGCCUUUCAACAUGACGGGGAUCCCCCCUGGACCCAACUGCACUUCAUCGGUGAUGAAGAUGUGGAAUAUAUAGAAGGUUACAAGCUAGGCGGAUAUUACCCGGUACACUUGGGGGACACAUUUCUUACACAGCAGAACCCAAGCUGCUGGGUGGCGCUGAAAAUAAUCAUCGCCGAUCUUACAGGGAACAGAGAAUCCGCUGUCUUAAAGUGGCUGAACACUAGAUUUCGCGAUCAUCCAGGAGCCAGACAAUGUCUGUUAUCAGCUAGUGUUGGGGCUAGCGUAUCUUCAGUAGUGCCCGGCGAUUUGCACUUUGGGAACGUUGGUUUCAAAAUACCCGGUAUCGACCAAUACACGGAGGGUCAAAUGAUGGAACUCACGGAGGAGCCAAGCAUACUUCCCGUGAUACCACGAGACCAUUCAGCACAAAAUGAUUCUCUUCCGAUGUAUCUUGUGUCGAUGUCGUCAAUCAUACAUCUUAUUCCUAGACGCUUCGCAGAGAAACUGAAUAAGCAGUUGGUCGUGGAGAUUAUGGAUUUUGUUACGGUAAUGCAUUUCGGUUACAGGAUGCGAAAGCCACUCAGGCACCCAGAAAUGGCACCUGUCAUCCAGCCCCCUGAGUUGACGUUCUACAGCUAUCCGACGGUCAAGUCGAAGAUGAGUGGGGCGAUGAAAUUUGUCGGCCCAUUGCCAGAGCAGUGGAAGCCAUACUGGAAUCCCAAGCCGUUCCAAGAUUGCAACGGUACACUUAAUGAUAGAUCCCGACGCAAAAUGGAAUCAACUGAGCACGAUGAUGAUGAAUUGGACGAGGGUAUCAUCGAAAAGUGUAGAGCAGUUAACUUACAAUUUACAUGUUUUGGCAAACAACCGCCUCGGUUCCAACUUCAAAUGUUGUACACCCACACAGUAAAUAUGCGAGCACAUCCAGGAAUUGGCCAGUCUAUGCGAGGUCUGCGCAGAUCUCACACAGACUGGCCAAAUCCUUGACUUUCUGGACGAAGUGGGGUUGACUUCGGAAUGAUGUGAGGUCCUGUGACAGUGUUGUCACGAAGGGAUCCAACGCCGGGAGUCACGGGACCAGCUUACUCUACGAUGAACUCCUUCUCUAAAUCCACUGUCAUU